AUGACAGAGACAAACAACAACAACAACAAUAGCAACAAUAGUAGUAGUAGCAGUACUGCUGCUAGUAGUAGUAAUGAGUACUUGACUGCAAUGACUGCAUUGGUAAUGGACUUCCCUGCUUGUGUUGAACCUAUUUAUGAUGCAUUAAAAUGUGACAAGAGCAAUGGGAUGAAGCCUGGUCAACCAAGCAAGCAGUGUCAGGAGCAACACGCUCAUAUGAACUUUUGUAUCAUGUCUACAUUCUGUCCUGAGCAGGCAAGAGUAUUCAUCGACUGCACCAAAGGUGUUAUACCCUAUGGCAACCUUUUAAUACCAAACGAGUGUCAGAAAGCGUGGAAGGCAUUCGAUCAAUGUCUAGUCGAUAGGACAACAGAGUAUGAAAAGCGUAAUCAUAGUAAACCUGUUUGA